AUGCCUACGGAGGAUGUUAGCGAUCUCAGAGACGUUGUCGAUGCGAUUAACAGACUGUGCGAGACCAUGAAAACCUCCGGUUACGAAGAAACCGAAUACGAAGAUUGUACAGAUGUAACUUGGAAAGAAGAGAUCGUGGAAAGCAGUGACGUAGUGAACACUGAAGAAUUAGUAAGCCCUGAGGAAGUAGCUGUCCAAAAGGUGGAAACUUACGUUGCAGAGAGAUGGAGCGAUACGUCUUUAGUAGAACAAACCGAGGAAAGCGAAAACGUUACAUCCGACACUGAUCAAACGGCAGUUUUUUGUGAGCCAAUUAGUGAAAUGUAUUACACAGCUUCUUCAGAAGUAUCGCUGCUAUCUGAUAUGGAAUUCCCAGAAAGGGUUCAUGAUGAGGGCAAAGAUUUGAAAGAUGAUAGACAAAACGUGAUUGCUGGUCAUGUUGCGGCUAUGAGAGAGAGAUUUGAGAGUAUGACACGUGCGAACACGCCUUGCCCGGAUGUAAUGCGGUCGCUGUCGCCGUCUUUAGAUAUGUUCAGGAAUAUAACACCUUCACCUGAUCGUUUGGACGAAUAA